AGCGACAACUGUCGACCCCACUUCGAUUCCGGCGUUGGAACACGGCUAAGAAAAGGUAUUAUUCGGUGUGAGAGACAUGGGUGCCUUCUCCGCUAUCGCAACCGCUGCAUCGAUCGAUUUACGACCUCCUCCUCCUCCUCCUCCUUCGCCUCCGCCUUCCAUGAAACCCUAAUUUAUUGAGCGGUUUCGUCUGAUUUGGACACCCCAAGGCCGCGAUCUAAACCGGAUUCCGUUCGUUCUGCCAUCGAUCGCUGGGCAUCGAUCUAGUUUCCAGCCACCGCAUCGUCGAUCUGUUGGGAUUUUGUUCCGGUCUGGGGUGAUUCGGUGCGGCUCCGUGAGAUCGGUGGAGGAGGGCUUCUGGUGGCUUCAUUCUUAGCUUGAAUCGGGUGGGACUCCUGUCUGUUGUUGCGGUCGUCCGAUGGAGCCUCGCGUUGGAAACAAGUUCCGCCUCGGUCGCAAGAUCGGGAGCGGGUCCUUUGGGGAGAUCUAUCUAGGUACUAAUAUUCAAACGAACGAGGAAGUCGCAAUUAAACUCGAAAACAUCAAGACUAAGCACCCCCAGUUGCUCUAUGAAUCAAAGCUGUACAAGAUCCUGCAAGGAGGAACUGGAAUUCCAAAUGUGAGAUGGUUUGGUGUUGAGGGUGACUAUAAUGUCUUGGUGAUGGAUUUACUAGGACCAAGUCUGGAAGAUCUAUUCAACUUUUGUAGCCGUAAACUCUCUCUAAAGACUGUUUUGAUGCUUGCAGAUCAGAUGAUUAAUCGAGUGGAAUUUGUGCACUCAAAGUCCUUUUUGCAUCGAGAUAUCAAACCAGAUAAUUUUAUUAUGGGGCUUGGUAGACGAGCUAAUCAGGUGUAUAUUAUUGAUUUUGGCCUUGCAAAGAAGUAUAGGGAUACUUCAUCUCAUCAGCAUAUUCCAUAUAGAGAGAACAAGAACUUGACUGGGACAGCAAGGUAUGCAAGUGUGAACACACAUCUUGGCAUAGAACAAAGCAGGAGGGAUGACUUGGAAUCUCUUGGAUACGUUCUUAUGUAUUUUUUGAGAGGAAGCCUUCCAUGGCAAGGUCUAAAAGCAGGAACGAAGAAGCAGAAGUAUGAAAAAAUUAGUGAAAAGAAAGUUGCCACCUCAUUUGAGGCUUUAUGUAGGGGAUAUCCUUCAGAGUUCGUGUCGUACUUCCACUAUUGCCGUUCACUGAGAUUUGAGGACAAGCCUGAUUAUUCAUAUCUUAAGAGACUGUUCCGGGAACUUUUUAUCCGUGAAGGGUUUCAGUUUGAUUAUGUAUUUGAUUGGACCAUUUUGAAGUAUCAGCAGUCGCAGAUAUCUGGUGCUCCCCCACGUGCUAUUGGUCCAAGUACAGGACCUAACUCUGGCUUGGCUCCUGCUUUUGCCAAUGAUAGACAAUCUGGGCAUCGUCAUGGGCGGGUUAUACCUCCAGCUGUAGAUUUAGGCAGCUUAUCAGAUCAGAAAGCACCUAUGGGGAAUAAUCCAUCUGUCAGUAAAGAGAGGGACCCUCAUCGUCAGGGAUGGGUUACACCUCCAGUUAUAGAUUCAGGCAGCUUAACAAAGCAGAAGGCCCCAAUGGGGAACAAUCCAUCUGUCAGUAAAGAUGCUAAGUUUUCCAGCUCAGCUUUUAUGGGACAGUCAAGUGAAUCCUCGAGGCGAGCUGCUGUUUCUAGUAGCCGAGAUAUGGUGAACACCGAUGCAGAUGCAUCUCACACUCGAGCUACAGAGGCUAGCCCAGGGAAUUCCCGUAGGGUUUCGAGUGCUCAGAGAAGUUCCGCAAUCAGUUCUGCAGAGCGGAAGCAUACUUCAUCUGGACAGAAACCAUCCGCAGUUAAGAAUUAUGAGUCCACGCUCAAAGGCAUUAAGGGCCUUAAUUUUGAUAAUGAGGAAAGGAAUUAAUCAUGGUAAUUGCAUGUCCUUCUGCAACUUCUAUUAUCUCCAUGUAAAUCCAUAGCCUUCAGGAAGAGUUCACACCUUGGCAUUUUUUUUUUUCGCCUGAUCCACGAAAGAGGAACAACUAGUCUGAUGUGAACUGCUGAUUUGGAGUGCCCCCACGUAAGAAAAACAAUAACAAGGUGCGUCCAACUGUUCAAGGAUAUAUGCUAUAGCUGAGACAUUAUAGCUUCUUGUUAUUAUUGCUCUUGACUGCAGUUUGGUUCAAAAAUACUUCAAUCGGUACAUGUCGUGAUGCUUUGUUAUGUAAUUAGUUGUCAGCUUUGUUAUGUAAUUAGUUGUCUGCGUAAUUCCAUUGUUGUUCUUAUGUUUGAUAGACAGAUAAAAAAUAUUACCAUUCAAGAUUUAAAGCAGACUUUCUGCGUUCUGUAAAAUGUAAAUUUCCUCCAGGAGAUUCGACUGUUUUUACAUUGUUUCUGUUA